GGCGCCACAUCCAUCCAUCCAGCGAUCCCAAUGCAUCUUCUCCUCGACCUGCGGCGCGCCUUUCAGGCUUCCGUUGCCGCACCGGAAAGCUAGCUACCAAACUACACGUUACUUUGUUUUUAUUUUAUUCAGAGUUGCUAACCCACCUCAGGAAAAAGGAUCGUACGGUCGCUGUUCUUUCGAUCUUAGCUUGUUCACCUCAACAACCAUCACUCACUCACAAGUUAGUAGCCACGCUCACCGACCCUCACUCUCCAUCACCACACACACGCAGCGCGCAGCCAGGGAAGGAAACAACACGUAAGCAGCGACGACAGCGAUGCCGACGCUGCGGCGGCGCAACCCGGAACUGCACGUGAAGGCGCUGGAGGGAAUCGUGUCGGCCAACACCUUCUUCACGGUGGCGGUGUUCAUCGGGAUCACGGGCACCAUCACGCCGUCCUCGUCCGUGCCGCCCGCCUGCGUCGCGCGGGACGACAUCGCGCGCAACUUCUUCCUCUUCGAGAUCCUCUCCUUCGGCUUCUACCUGCUGUCCAGCCUCGUGGCGCAGGGGAUGAAGCUCGCCGUCACGCUCCUGGCCACCGACGACUUCUACGGCGACGCCGACCAGAAGCCCCCGCCGUCCGACGACUGCGAGGAGAUGCCGGCAUGGCGCGCCGCCGGGCCGAGGGAGAGGCGCCGCGCCGUGCUCAGGUUCGCGCAGCCCAUGAUGCUGCUCGCCGCCGGGUGCUCCACCAUGGGCACCUUCUUCCUGCUGCUCUCCAUGGUCGACGCCAUCCAGCUCAAGUUCGGCAUCCUCUCCUGCGGCAUCCCGCUCGCCGUCGCCGCCACCUUCGCCCUCUCCGCGCUCGUCGUCGGUGGCCUCAUCUUCUACGGAGCGACCGUCGCAUACGCCCUCACGCAUUAUCUGCCCUGAAUACAAAUCCAAUAUAAUAUAAUAUAAUACUUUUCUCUUA